AUUAUUCAACAAACUCUGUAAUGGUAGAAGAAUAUUGGGUAGAAUUUUUAAAGGUUGAUGAUACAUCAGGGCUUGGACUUUUUACUGAGCUUAAAAACAUGUUGACCAAUCUUGAGCUGGACAUUGAUGAUAUAAGAGGUCAGGGGUAUGACAAUGGGUCUAAUAUGAAAGGGAAGCAUAAAGGUGUACAGACAAGAUUACUUGAAAUAAAUCCGAGGGCUUUUUAUACUCCAUGUGGUUGUCAUAGUCUUAAUUUGACUUUAUGUGAUAUGGCAAAUUGUUGUCCUAAAGCUAUGUCAUUUUUUGGAGUGAUACAACGCAUCUAUACAUUGUUUUCUUCAUCUACCAAGCGAUGGAAAAUUUUCAAAGAUCAUGUGAAAGGUCUUACACUUAAGCCAUUGUCACAAACACGUUGGGAAAGUCAUGUUGAAAGUGUGAGGCCUAUAAAAGAGCAAACUGUACAAAUAAUAGAUGCUUUAUUUGAUUUGGUAGAUACUAGUGAAGAUCCUAAAACAAAGAGCGAAGCUGAGUCCUUAGCAACACAUGAACUUCAGAAUUUUGAGUUUUUGCUUGGCAUGGUAAUUUGGUACAAGUUGUUGCAUGCAAUCAACAUUGUAAGUAAAUUCCUUCAAGCUGAAAAUAUGGAUAUUGAUGUUGCUAUCAGUCUUUUAGAAGGACUUCUUUUGUUUCUUGAUGACUAUAGAGAAUCUGGGUUUGAUAAGGCCAUGGUUGAAGCGAAACAAAUAGCAAAUGAAAUAGGAGUUGAAGCUGUAUUUCGAGAAAAACGUAUGAUUCGAAGAAAGAAACAGUUUGAUGAGGAUGGCAGUGAUGAGAUAACACAAUCAGCAGAAGAUUCUUUUAGAGUAAAUUAUUUUCUCUUCAUAAUUGAUCGAGCUCGUUCUUCAUUUCAAACUAGAUUUGAACAAUUUAAAAAAUAUGAGGAAACAUUUGGAUUUCUGUUUAAUUUGGAGAGGUUGAAGUGUGCUGAUGAUGAUACUUUAUUGGGCUCUUGUAAGAAUCUUGAAAAAUCCUUGACGCAUAAUGGUCAUUCUGAUAUUGAUGGAGAUGAUUUGUUUUUGGAGUUGACAAUCUUGAAAUACUCUUUACCAAAAGAAACAAAAAAAGCAAUUGAUAUGGUGAACUAUUUGAAGAGAAUGGAUGGGUGUUUCCCAAAUGCUUGUGUAGCGUACAGAAUUUUGUUAACUAUACCAGUUACAGUUGCAUCUGCAGAAAGAAGUUUCUCCAAGUUGAAGUUGAUCAAGACUUAUCUCCGCUCAACUAUGUCACAAGAUAGAUUGAAUGGAUUGGCUAUGUUGUCUGUUGAGAAAAAAAUGUUAGAACAGCUUGAUUAUGUAAACUUGAUUGAUAUUUUUGCCUCCAAAACUGUAAGGAGAGUACCAUUAAUAGGAGAUAACUACGCCUCCUGGAGUUGUGCAAUGGUGAUUGCUUUGUCAGAGAAGAACAAGUUAGGGUUUGUAAAUGGAUCAAUAUCGAAACCUACAGGUGAUGAAUAUUUACUUAAUGCCUAG